UUGUUGGCAUCAGCAAUCCAUGGCCAGAACAUCCAGCUCCCACUGUCGUGCGGCACAGAGUCGGAAAUACGCUACGCCAUCCCGACCCGCCUUGCCAAUCAGACCCCCUGGAACUCGCAAGUAACUCUGCCAAGACCACCUGCCUAACCUGAUCUCGAAUCGACUUGGAUCUAUCGAAGCAACUACAGAACAGACAUCAACUGGGAUAUUCGAGGGACCUCAGCCAAAUCUUGCCCCUUUUGCCAGUGCGCAAUAUCUUCAUCUUCUUCGCAUCGCCCAGCUCGACCGGACUGAAGUAUGGACUAAGCUCGAAGCUCCCGCUGGAUUAACGACGACGUCGCUCAUUUAACCGGCUGAGCUCAAACGGCCCAAGGUAACCAUCGCAACACACGAGGACACCUACAACGUUCAAUUGAAGAUGGGACGGUUAUUGAGAACAGUCGCCCUCGCGGCACUAUCAUUAUCAUGGACGACAUAUGCCUCGAGGAACUACUCUUCUUAUUCAACAGUGGACAUGCUGCGCGCAGAACUGGCCUUGUUGGACAGCCGCGGGGCAGACUGCCCUCCAUGUUUCAAUUGCCUCCUUCCAGCCUUCACCUGCGGCCAAUAUUCCGAGUGCAACAAAUUUAAUGGAAAAUGUAACUGUCCAGCAGGAUUCGGAGGUGAUGACUGUCUGCAACCAGUCUGUGGAGCGCUAGCAGAUGGAGAGGAUCGACCGAUGCGCCAAGGAGAUUACUGCGAAUGUAAAGAGGGGUGGACAGGCAUAAAUUGCAAUGUCUGUACCGAGGACAAGGCUUGUAACGCUCUGAUGCCGACGAAUGAUGGGGGAGUCUGCUAUCAGAAUGGGGAGGUGGUACAUCAAAAUUAUCAGCAGUGUGAUGUCACGAACAAGAAGAUCGUGCAGAUACUGGACGGGAAAAAACCUCAGGUCACCUUCAACUGCAACAAAAAUGAUACGACUUGCGAUUUUCAAUUCUGGGUCGACCAGAAAGAAUCAUUCUAUUGCUCGCUGGACACUUGCGUCUCGGGCGCUGACAAUACCUAUGAGCAAAAUGCCACGAACUACAAGUGCGACCACAUCCAAUGCAGUUGUAUUCCUGACAGGAUGUUGUGCGGCGAGAAUGGAUCCGUCGACAUAUCAGACUUUCUGACCGAGGAGAUCAAGGGGCCCGCGACCUUCAGUUGCAAGCAAGAGAAUGGUGGAAUCAACAAUUGCAAGUUCAAAGAAAAGGCGAUGGACGACCUUAUCCAAACCAUGUUUGGAGAUGACAGUAUCACAUUGACUUGCCGAGCUGGAGAAUGUCUCUAUAGAACCGAUGUUCCUGGGUUCGAGACGCCCGUCAAGCGAAUCAACACCCCCUUGAUUGCUGGAGUAAUUGCCGGAAGCUCUCUUUUCGUGGUAGCUGUCAUACUUACCGUAUGGUACCUUUCCCGAAGAAAGUACAUUUAUGCACCAAUACACCUUGAUGAGUCUGAUGAUGAGGCCAUGAAACUCAUGACUGAUCACAAGCCUGCAUCGCUAUACUUCGAAAAUGUGUCUUAUCACAUAAAUGGAAAACAGAUAUUGUCAGGAGUUCAAGGCGUCGCUCAUCCAGGAGAGAUCAUGGCUAUCAUGGGAGCAUCUGGUGCUGGCAAGACCUCCUUUCUCGACAUCCUGGCUCGAAAGAAUAAACGCGGAGCAGUCUCGGGAGAUUUCUAUGUCAAUGGAGAGAAAGUCACCGAUACCGAGUACAAGAAUGUCGUUGGAUUCGUCGACCAGGAAGAUACUAUGUUGCCAACGCUCACCGUACAUGAGACAAUCAUGACUAGCGCGCUUCUUAGAUUACCAAGGGACAUGGGCAAAUCUGCAAAGGAACAACGAGUCUACGAAGUCGAGAAACAGCUGGGCAUUUUUGCUAUUAAAGAUUCAUUGAUUGGAUCCGAAGAUGGCAAAGGUAGGGGAAUUUCUGGUGGUGAGAAGAGACGAGUCGGAAUCGCAUGCGAGCUUGUCACAAGUCCAAGCAUUUUGUUCCUUGAUGAACCGACGAGUGGUCUUGACGCUUUCAAUGCAUUCAAUGUUAUUGAGUGUUUGGUUACCCUAGCCAAGACUUACAAGCGAACGGUCAUCUUCACGAUCCAUCAGCCAAGAUCCAAUAUCGUUGCCCUCUUCGAUAGACUGCUUCUCCUGGCUAAAGGAAAUACUGUUUACUCUGGCGCCUUUUCCCAGUGUCAAGAUUUCUUCGAUCACAUUGGAUACUCUUGCCCUCCUGGCUUCAACAUCGCGGAUUACCUUGUGGAUCUGACAAUGCACGUUGGUGGUCCUCGGACCCCCAUCGACGAGAAUUUCUCCGAGAUUGACGGCGGUGGUAGUGCUGGACCCAGUAGCACCCGAGCUGUGAAGUCCAUCGCCAGUGUCUCAGGUAUGAGUCUCGAUGAGCCAGGAGCAGAACGUGAAAGUAUGGAAGAAACUUCACUCCUCCGACCUAAAGGGAAGCGUCGUGAUUCGGUCAAGGCCAAGCAGGAAAGAGAAUUAUAUACCCGGAAGCGGCCCAGUAUCGAAACGCCUGGUUCACCUCCAGAUGAGGCGCCAUUUGACCCAAAAGCCACGGCUUCACAACUCUGGCUCCGACUCCAGAGGCAAAAAGCAGGCAAUGUUCCUCAACAGAUCUUGGAUGACACUGACAAUCUCCCUCCCUCGGCAACUGGCAGUACUGAUCUCGAUAUUCUUGUCGCAGCCUACCAGCAGUCCGACAUUGCAGGAAACAUCCACGACGAUAUUCAUGCUGCUAUUGACAGUGCUUCAACGGCGAACGGGACUGCAAAUGGCCACGCCCAGGGUAAUGGCAAUGGCAAUGGAUCAGCUAACAGCGGUGCAAUGGGAAGAGGUUAUGUAAGGGUUGGCUACGCUCGUCAAUUCCUCAUCCUGUCACAGAGAACCUGGAGAAAUCUUUACAGAAACCCGAUGUUGAUGUUGACUCACUACGCUAUUGCGAUCCUGUUGGCAGUACUAUCAGGCUUUUUGUUCUAUGGUCUCACGGAUGACAUUCCUGGUUUCCAAAACAGACUGGGAUUGUUCUUCUUCAUCCUUGCGCUUUUUGGUUUCAGCACACUAUCCAGCUUGACGGUCUUCGCCGCUGAGCGUAUGUUGUUCGUCCGAGAACGAGCAAAUGGAUACUACUCUCCGAUUACGUACUUCGCCGCUAAAGUAAUAUUCGAUAUAGUACCUCUCCGAAUAAUCCCACCGAUAAUCAUGGGUUCGAUCAUAUAUCCCAUGACAGGAUUAGUACCAGAUUGGUCACACUUCCUGAAGUUCAUUCUAGUCCUUGUCCUAUUCAACCUUGCCGCCGCUGGAAUAUGUCUCUUCAUCGGCAUCGUCUGCAAAGACAACGGCGUAGCAAGCUUGAUUGGCAGUCUUGUCAUGCUCUUUAGUCUCCUCUUCGCCGGUCUCCUUCUCAACCACGAUGCGAUACCCAAGUCAGCGCUCUGGCUACAAGACAUUUCGAUCUUCCAUUACGGAUUUGAAUCGCUCAUCGUGAACGAAGUCACGUUCCUGUCUCUCAAAGAUAAGAAGCUUGGUCUGACCAUUGAUGUCCCUGGUGCGACGAUCUUGAGCUCUUUUGGAUUCAACACCCAGGCACUGUGGCCUGAUGUUACGAAGUUGGCAAUCUUCGCGGGUGCAUUCAUAAUCUUGGCUUAUGUUGCCAUGCAUGUCUUGUUGGUAGAGAGACGAUAGAUAGGUGGGAGAUAUUGGAUUGGGAAACAUAGCAUAUAUUUUCUUUGUUGUGCCAUUUAUUGCAUGGGACUUGAUCUCACGGUGUUUGGAGUUCGAAUAUACUGGGGUACUUCUUGUGGAUUUAAGCUUCUUGUUCAGCUAUACAGAGCAAUACAGAGAGCAUGUAAGAAGAUACCAGUGGUUCGUCGAGCCUCUUUUUCAUCCGUGAAAUUGUCAUCCUUCAAUAAAAUGCUUGCAGUUCCUGAGUCGUGGAAUGGUUUCUGUCCUGAACAUUACAGCUUCCUCCUUCGUUUCGGGCAUCGAAGCUCAGCAAACCAUGAUUCAACUGCGAUACUUAUCCCUCCACUAAUCUCCCGCCAGCCCUGUUACUACUUCCACAAAACAUUUUUAAGCGACGCGCUUUUGUCGUCCACGGCGUGUAGGUCUCGAGGUCUUGGUGCCCUCGCUUGUCUCAGCAAGGUUUUUCUGAAUGACCCGCUCCUUGGUGCUUCGACGCAUGCCAUAGACAGUAAAGAACGGAAAGUCAUCAUAGUCACCGUAAAAGGGCCAUUCUGGGAUCAUAUUAUCGAAGCCGAAAUAGUUCUUUUCGUUGCGGCGGAUGUACGCAUCAAACUCAGCAGAUUUCGUCCAUGGCAUUGAAAGGGAGUCCCCAGGUACUGGCGACUUCUUCAAUGUACAUAUCGAUGGCGACGGUUUGCAAAUUGGCAAGCUCAAAAUCUCGAAGAGAGCAAAAGAACCAGCCGGCGUAUUCAGCUUUGCUGCGAUCGAAGUAGAGCGUGUCAAGGUUAAAGUUGAACAGAGUUUGGGCAGGGUAACUGGUCGAGCCGAAGCAUAAGCUGUACUGACUGUUGACAGUGCCGCGCGACUCUUUGGAGACUUGAAGUGCAGCUGGGAGCUUGGCCUUGGAGUAGAAAUCAGACGCGUCGCCUAUGCAAAUCUCGAUGAUGCGUGGCUCGAGGCUGAGAACCCAGAUCAUUUGGCGGAUCUCAAGGGGGAGUUUCGGAAAGACGGUAAACUUGGUGGUGAUGGCGUUGGUAGGAAUGCUAUUGGUGUCGUUGGUUGAAUGUGGACUUACUGCUGAAUGUUGUUCGAUCGCUUUGGCAUGCUUACUAGCGGAGCGUGUAACCCUCAUGUUGACGAGGACUUGUGACCCUGAAUAUGGAGCAAAGAAGUGACUUCUAGUUUGAAUUGUUGUUAGAGACUCGCCCUGGCUUAGUGUGAGAGUUUUGAUGUCGACGGGAAGUGAUGAAGUGG